GCAGCACAGACAGACAGCCAGCAACAGACGCAGUCCUCCGAAAGCACGGAAAACAAGACGCAGCCGAAGCGACUGCACGUCUCCAACAUUCCCUUCAGGUUCAGAGAUCCAGACCUCAGGCAAAUGUUCGGCCAAUUUGGUAAAAUCUUAGAUGUUGAGAUCAUUUUUAAUGAGAGGGGCUCUAAGGGUUUUGGUUUCGUAACUUUCGAAAGUAGUGCUGAUGCGGACAGGGCGAGGGAGAAAUUACACGGCACGGUGGUAGAAGGCCGUAAAAUAGAGGUGAACAAUGCGACAGCACGAGUAAUGACAAACAAAAAGACAGUCAACCCUUAUGCAAACGGCUGGAAGUUGAAUCCUGUAGUAGGUGCAGUCUACAGCCCAGAGUUCUAUGCAGUGCCAGGCUUCCCGUACCCAGCUGCCACGGCGGCUGCAGCCUACAGAGGGGCGCACUUAAGAGGGAGAGGACGCACCGUGUACAACACGUUUAGAGCAGCGGCUCCUCCACCACACAUCCCAGCGUACGGAGGUGUCGUGUACCAGGAUGGAUUUUAUGGUGCAGAUAUUUAUGGCGGUUACGCUGCCUACCGAUACGCCCAGCCUGCCACAGCUGCAGCUGCCGCCUACAGUGACAGAAAUCAUUUCGUCCUCGUUGCGGCAGAUGAAAUUUCUUGUAACACCUCUUCAGUUACGGACGAGUUUAUGCUGCCGACCCCUACAACCACACACUUGCUCCAGCAGCCACAUACAGCGUUGGUGCCAUGAGCUAGAGAGCGAUGCGGAGGCGAGAAAGAAGGACACAAUCUGAUAAAAGCGCAGCUUCUUCCAGGCUUCCGGCGCACAAAGGUUAUGAAACGGAUCUCCAGCCGGAUCGUCGAGGUUGAAGAGUGGGAGAAGCUCCGAAAAAUGAGUAGGAGCCGAUUUUCAGCGAUCGUGGUGAACUUUGCUAAAAAUAUCUCCGGGUUUAUUUUAUUUUAGAAGAGAAACAAAACUUUUUCUCAUCAAGCCAGAAGGGAAGA